AUGGCGCACCUAUCUCCAGGUGGCGUGGAUUACUCGGCAUUCCUCAAGCGACACCUCAAAAUGAGUAACGUGCUUAAUGAUCGACAUAUCAAAUACACCGCGGAUGAGUUGAAAGACGUCAUCAAAUGCAGUUUAGAGCUGUUAAAACAAGAAAAUACGCUCGCAGAAAUCAAUCCACCCAUUGUGAUUGUGGGGGACAUACAUGGCCAGUACUUCGAUUUGCUUCGCAUGUUUAGCAAAUUUUCUGAAGGUAAUCAACACGGCAGCAUGAGAGUGAAAUACAUCUUUCUUGGCGAUUAUGUGGAUCGUGGUCGUCGGUCAAUGGAGUGCGUUUGCCUUGUACUAACCCUAAAGAUUUUGUUUCCUCGGAAGUAUCAACUCUUACGAGGCAAUCAUGAGUGUAAAGGAAUCAAUCGUGUGUACGGAUUUUAUGACGAAAUCCUUGAUCGCUUCGAAAAGGAAGAAGCUGAAAGGCUGUGGCUCGGAUUCAAUGAAGUGUUUGCUUGGCUGCCCCUGGCAGGUCUUGUUGGAAAGAAAAUUUUGUGUAUGCACGGAGGGAUAUCCGCCUACUUGAACUCGUUAGAAGAUAUACGUAAAAUUCCACGACCACUGGACGAGCCAAAUGGGAAUCCUCUUGCUAUGGAUCUCCUUUGGGCUGACCCUAUGUUAAAUAUUCAAGGUUACGCACCAAAUACAGUUCGUGGCGUUGCCACAUUUUUUGGAGAAGAUGCUGUUAUACAAUGUUGCGAAAAGUUGCGGGUGGAUCUCAUAGUGAGGGCUCAUCAAAUGAUGAUGUCAGGAUACGGCUUCUUUUGUAACAGAAAACUAAUCACCAUUUUCACAGCUCCUCGAUAUCAGCCGGAGGCGAACAAUAAAGGUGCCGUCGUUUACGUCGACAAACAAGGUAAAAUUGGGUUCAAAGUUUUAUCGCCUCUUGAGCAAGCACCUGGAGAUCAACAACAAGAUGGAACUCCGAUGAGCGAUACGCGUAAUUUCACAGAAACGGCAGAAGCAGUAGAACGAUGGAGAUGUGAAACAAUAGGUCAACGUCCGCGCCGAGUGUUUAUGAUGCACCAACAAAGGUGGCUGGACCAGACGAUAAAUCGUUCCGAGUACGGAAAGGGCAACACCAGGUCACCGGAGGUGCAGGAAUGCCUGGUGCAGGAUUACCUAGAUAAAGCGUAUGCAAUUAUGGUGAUGGAACUAUGUAUGAAGAGUUCUACAAAUAUUUCAUCCUCUAUUCCUCCGAUUGUUCUUAGUGAUGUCGUCGUGCCUUUCUAG